UAGUGGAUUCGGUGGUCGGCCAUUAUCCGUGUGUGCGAGCCUUGUGAGAAGCACGUUUUCGGCCGGCUCGUAGGCAUAAAAGUUGCGUCACGCUCAAAAAUCAUCGUCGAUCUGCUCUUUGUCACAUAGCGAAGCAUCACUGAGUGACCACAAUGGCGCAAAGCAAACUGAAUGACCUCGCCGGCAAGUUUGGUAAGGGCGGCCCGCCCGGUCUCGGCAUCGGGCUGAAACUGCUCGCGCUCGGCGGCGUCGCGGCCUACGGCGUCUCACAAUCAAUGUACACUGUUGAUGGUGGCCAUCGCGCGAUCAUCUUCAACCGCAUCGGCGGCAUCCAGAAGGAAAUCUACACUGAAGGACUGCAUUUCCGCAUGCCAUGGUUCCAAUAUCCGAUUAUCUACGAUAUCCGCUCACGUCCGAGGAAGAUCUCCUCACCCACCGGCUCCAAAGACUUGCAGAUGGUGAAUAUCUCGCUGCGUGUGCUCAGCCGACCUGAUUCGCAGAACUUGCCGAAUAUGUACCGGCAACUUGGUCUCGAUUACGACGAAAAAGUCCUGCCGUCGAUCUGUAAUGAAGUGCUGAAGUCAGUCGUGGCGAAAUUCAACGCUGCACAGUUGAUUACACAACGUCAACAGGUGUCGUUAUUGGUGCGUAGGGAGCUUGUAGAACGCGCUAGAGACUUCAAUAUCAUCCUGGAUGAUGUGUCCAUCACUGAGUUAUCGUUUGGUAAGGAGUAUACAGCCGCCGUGGAGAGUAAACAGGUCGCGCAGCAGGAAGCGCAACGUGCUGCGUUUAUCGUUGAGAGGGCGAAGCAGGAGAGGCAGCAGAAGAUUGUCCAAGCUGAGGGUGAAGCAGAAGCAGCUAAAAUGUUAGGUGAAGCAAUCAGUCGUAAUCCCGGUUAUUUGAAGCUGAGGAAGAUUCGUGCUGCACAAAACAUUUCCAGAACGAUUGCAAAUUCCCAAAAUCGUGUCUACCUCAGCGGAAAUUCGCUCAUGUUGAAUAUCCAGGAUAAAGAAUUCGACGAUCAAAGCAACAAACUGAAAAAGUAGUAAAGUAGUUUAGCGACAAAUGCGAUAACAGGACGGAGGCGCAUCGAGAUGGCAUGCAUUUUUCACUUUUUGUACGCGCGCCGCGCCAUCCUCUCUCCACGCCACACUCUCGAGAAGAAAUAACGUCAACAAUAUUCACAUUCAGACUGACUGAAAAAUUGUACAUAUGUUUAGUGCAUUGCCUAGGGUGGUUGGGUCGUGAUGCAACCAGUGAUCGCAUUUAUUAUUUGUUAUGGUUGCGGCGAACACCACUCGGGGCGAUGCUUUGGAAAAGUCUUGAAAAUUACGCGACAUUGUGCGUUUUUUUUUGUUAUAUUUUAUGUUAUUCAAUAAGAUAGUUUUCAAGAGGU